UCCGGCGGGUGCGGGUGACCCGGCUGAGCCCGCGGCCGCUGCUGGCGCUCGGUGCCGGGCCCGGCGCGGGAUGUGCUCGGCCGGGGAGCCGCGCGGCGGCGGCGGCGGCGGGGGCGACGGCGGCGAGGAGCGCGACGAGGACGGGGACGCGCCGGCGGGGCGCGAGCGGGAGCCUGUGGCCGGCCGGCCGCGCCGGGGGCAGCGCGCGCCGGGGCCGCGCGAGCAGGAUAUUGAAGAAUCACAAAACCGUCCUGGCGAGCCGAUUACUGAUGACUACAAAAAGAUGGGAACACUCUUUGGUGAACUGAAUAAAAGCCUGCUCGACAUGGGCUUCACGAGGAUGUAUUUUGGUGAAAGAAUUGUGGAACCAGUAAUAAUCAUUUUCUUUUGGGUUAUGCUGUGGUUCCUUGGCCUGCAAGCCCUUGGACUGGUUGCUGUUCUUUGCCUUGUUAUUAUUUAUGUGCAGCAGUAAGAUACAUUUGGCAUUUGGUAGCCAUCAAUGUAAUCAGUGAGGUUAAUAUAUUUCACUACAAGAAAACAGAAAAGUUUGCCUUGUUUCAAAUUGUGUACUGUUUUGUAAUUAAAUUUUUAAGUCGAUGUUUAAAAUGAACUCAACUCUUGAUUAUAAGAGGGUUGGAAAUGACACAUUUUGUAGUUUAUUCAAAAUUCUCAUUUUCUGGAGGUGAUCUGCGCCCAAUUUUAAAUACACCUGUCCCCAUAAGCUGACCAGAAAGUGAGUAAAGAAAAAAGCAGGGUAUGGAAUUCAAAUUGGGCAAUAUAGGUCUUGUAAAGAGUUCCAGUACAACAUUCUGGAAGAAAAAGAAUGAAAGAAACAGUGAACAAAAAUUGCACCGGAUUUGGAGAAGCCACAAGAUAAUUCUGUAUUAUUUGGGAUAUACUUGUAUUUCUAUUGAUCUUGCUUAGGUUGAACCAUGGAAAAUAAUAAAUCACUAUACACUGUCUCAAUAUUUUGAUGAAAAUCAGUAAAACUAGUACAUUUUUCUAAAAUUAAAAAGAAUACAUUUAUUAUUGCUGGAAAAUUUCCCAAUUUAAAUGUAACUUUUUUAUAAUGUAACACUUGGACUUUGAAUCACUUCACUAUAUUAUUUGAAGUUUUAGACAAUUUUGGUGCUAAUUACUUUUGUGAAUUUUUUAAGUCUUAUAAGCCAGACCCAUAGUUGACUCUACCCUAUGGUAAUGGCAUAUUUUCUUGUAUCUAAUAAGUUGCAUAUUUUUUUCCAAGAAAGACAUUUUCAAUUUAUUUCUUUUUUCAGAAAUUUAUACUUUGUAGUUCUUUUAUAGCAAUUAUUCUAAGAUAUAAUAAAAUCUAUUUCUUAUCUUGACACGGAUUUUUGUUUGUUUAGUUUGUUUUGGGUGCCAGGGAUAGAACCCAAGGCUUCAUAAUUGUGAAGCCAUAUUCUAGGCCAAUAGGAACUUUCUUCCUUAAAAAGUGAUUUGUGGGGCUGAAGAGAUAGCACAGCGGGUAGGGCGUUUGCCUUGCACACGGCCGACCCGGGUUCGAUUCCCAGCAUCCCAUGUAGUCCCCUGAGCACCACCAGGAGUAACUCCUGAGUGCAGAGCCAGGAGUAACCCCUGUGCAUCACCAGGUGUGACCCAAAGAGAAAAAAAAAAGUGAUUUGUAUAAUGACUGAAAGACUUUACUAUUCCUUAUGGGGGUGGAGGUGGCGACUGGCUUAUUUUCUUUGAUACAUUUUUGGAAAGUUCAGUAUUACAAUAUAAAGCCAAAUGCUUGAAUUUGGAUCUUAUUAGUAAAUUGUAAUAAUAUUCUUCUCAGGCGAACUCCAGGUCAAUAAUUGACCAACUUGUUAUUAAAAUGUCUUAAAUUCAGCUCUUCGGGGUUUUAUAUUGAAGAGAACAUUUCCUUAAAUAUGCUUUGCAAAUGAAAAAAGUGGGGUUUUUUUUGUACCUUAUUAACGAAUCUAAAAUCUUUACACUUUUUCUCAGAGUUUCUGUAUAAAAUAAGAAGAGGUAGUUAAGAAAAUUAUCUAGAAAUUCAAGUUAUAUAAGAGGUAAAUAGGAUAAUGGGAUAUUUUAAUCUUUGGCAGGGCAGUAGCUAAAAUAUGUAAUGUAUUUAUCCCACUUUGUAAACUUUUUCCAAAUUCUGUUUUAAAGUUUUUAUUCUUAAAUUUUUUUCUCAGUGUCUUUCAUUCAGAAGCAGAAAAUUAAGAAAAGUUGUUCAAAUUAGAUUUCUAAAAUUAAAUAAUCCAAACCAAAAACAUCAGAAGGUACUAAAAAGUAUUGUACAUUUAUAUAAAUACAACUUUUAAAAUUUGAUUUUUUUAAUUGUAUUAUAUUGUGUUUUAUUGCAUUUGCAUUUUUUUACAAUAACCAUUAUGAGUUCAAGUUAUUCAAAAAGGGGUCUUUAUCUGUGCAUGUAGAAUUGUGAAGAUUUUAAUGGAUAUAAUGUGUUUAUAUAUGUGCAUUAAAUAUUUUAAAUGCAUUAUUUCCUAAUGCUACAGGGAACUUUAGUUUUUCCUCUAAGAAUUAAAAAAAAAAGUGUGUACAAUAACAGCUCUCACUCCACCAGUGCCUAAUGUUGAAAAUAUUUUAAAAGUAAAUUUCAAUAGUAAUUAUUUAAUAUACUGUCAUUAUUGUGCAUUUGCACACUGCUGUUAAUAGGUAUAAAUUAAAUUAUAUUUUAAAAAUGA